UCAUCUUCCAUUUGUGCUUAUCACAUUAUACACGCACAAGUUUUCUUCACUCUCAAGUUUUCUUCUAUAUAUAUAUAUAUAUAUAUGAAGAACCUACAUCUCUCAACCCAUCUAACAAAAACUAGUAUUGGUGAGUAGUUGUUGGUGAGUGAGAAUGACCAACUUUGCUCAAGAGCCUCAAGGUUUUACUGUAUAUGGCAGAUUUCCAUCUUCACUCGGAGGCAUAAGGACUCGUGCCUAUGGAAACAGAAGCAUCACAAAUUGCGGUCCACACCGCAGAAGAAUUCGUUGGAAUGUGGCUACUGAUGACAGAACUACUUCUGCCCAUCCAAAAGAUGCUAUUCCGGCGUUCAAUCCAACUGGUCUGGAUCGUGUUUUACUAUGUACUGUAAAAUGUUAUGCAUGUGAUUUUGACAUUGAAGUCUCCAUGCACAUCGGUCGUUCAGAAGAAUUUGAUGCAAAUAAAAUGAUUUGUCCCGUUUGUGAUGAAAAGUUUGGGGAGGAUGCGAUAAGGACUGUAAAGAAUUCAACCUUUGCAAUUACGCAUUCGCGCGCUUGGUCUGCUAUGAAUCGGGGGAAAGAACCUGCUCUACAGGGAAACAAACAUGAAAGAAUGUCGGGUUCAGCUUUGUCAGCAUCUCAGGACAAUCUUGAUGGUCAAAGCUUCAAUGAUUUCAGUUCAGAUGAAGAUGACAUGACUGAUGCCUCAGAUGUUACUGCUGCAGAAGGCGUUUCCAUUGCAAAAAGCUUGGGAGGGGCAGAUGCACCGAAGACUGGCGGCAAUGAACAGGAUGUUGAAGAGAGAAUUAGCAGGGCUGCAUAUUUUCAAGACUUGGUGGUGCCAAGUCUGAUUAGUUGAACGAGGCCAUGAAGUCAGGUUUUAGUUGUUUAAAAUGUUGCAACAGGGAGGAAAUACAAAUGGUGAGCAACAAUGCUCUUUAAGAGAUUACAGCUUACAAGGUAGCAGGUUAUCCAGUAUCAACAUAACUAUCUCAGUUAGCUUAAGUUAGUUAUGUAUGUAAUAGGAGUUAGUUAGAGUUGUUCAUUAACUCUUUGUACAUAAGCUAUAUAAAUAGCUUUACAUGUCAGUGUGUACAUAUAACAGAUUAUUGAUUCAUAAUGAAGAGUCUUUUUUCCAA